UUCAACAUCAACGAGCCGCAAAUGGUAAUUAGGACAUGCUAAUUAGCUGGUCAACCAAGGGCCACGCUAGGCCAGUUGCUCGAAGUACCUGCAAGUGUUCAACAUGGCCUUUAAGAAGCGACGGAUCUUUGACCUGCGCCAAGUGCAAUCCGAGCAGCAGCUCACCAAAACCACGGAAAGCCACAGGAACAGCAGCCACACCGUGCACACACCCAAAACUGGGGCCAGUCGCAGGCGCUGGAAAUUAAAUCAGCUGCGACUGGUGAGAACUUGGUUUGUCGAGAGUUUGCGGAACUAUUGCCAGACAACAUCGCUGCACGGAUUCAGCUAUAUUACACGCCAGGAUAUUAGCCGGAACGAGCGUUGGUUCUGGCUGGGCGUGGUCAUAGCGGCUAUUAUAGCCUCCGUUUCUCUGGUACUGGUCUCGUGGUAUUCGAACCGUGAAACACCCACGGUGACUGUCAUCGAGAGCGCGCACUUUCCCACUUGGAAUAUACCCUUCCCGGCGGUAACCAUUUGCAAUUUCAACAGAGUGUCCAAAACCAAAGCGCUGGACAUGCUGCAGCGCAUGCGACUGCCACCCAAUGUGACCAAGACGCAACUGCAGCAACUAUUUAAUUUAACAUUAAUUCCCACGGGCAGACUUAUAAGCAAUAGUUCAUUGCAAACCUACGAUAGGAUAUUGAAUCUGAAUAAUAUCACCCUGACUGAAAUGUACAAUCGUCUGUCACCCGACUGCCUGGACAUGAUCUCACGCUGCAUUUGGAAGGGUAUCAAAACGCGUUGUGAGAGCCUCUUUCAACGCAUUGCCACUCUACAGGGUAUUUGCUGUAGUUUCAACUAUUUUGCUGCCGUUUCCAAUAAUUUUCCCAUCAAAAUCGCGUACCAAGUGCCCAAGCGUCCGUAUCGUGUCACUGGCUGUGGCUUUCCCACUGGUCUAUCCGUUCUACUCGAUCCCUUGGUCGAGGAUUAUUAUGCCACGUUCUUUAGCGGUUUUGGCUUUCGCCUGCUUAUUCAUGAUGCAUAUAAUUUUCCCGAUGAGAACUCUGAGACCAAGGUAGUCACAUCCACACGCGAGAGCUUUGUGCGCAUUAAUCCAGAAUCAACCUAUGCCACCAAGGACAUACGCCAGAUGGACUUGCGCUGGAGGAACUGCCUCUUUGGCACCGAACGGAAGCUCGAUGGCCUGACACGUUACUCGUUUAUCAAUUGCAUGUUCGAGUGCAGAAUGCGCAUGACCCUUCAACGUUGUGGUUGCCUGCCGGCCUACCUGGCGCACAAUGCAUCCAUCAAGGUCUGCGGAGUGCUCGACUUUAACUGCAUGAUUGAGAGCAAACGUUUAUUUUCUCGCGCCUUGGCCAAUCUAGACGCGCCGCUUUCCGUAGUCCGGCAAACGAAUAGUUUUCCGUGCAACUGUUUGCCCGACUGUGAGUCGAAUCUAUAUGUUUCAGAGAGCACCAUGGGCAGGCUGGAUAUAAGCUACUCCGGCAACAAAAUGACCAGCAGUACAAAUCAAACAGAUAGCAUAUUGGUGCACGUUUUCUAUAGCGACCUAAUGUCCACCAGAUAUCGUAUGGAGAUCUUUCAGAACUGGCUAUCGGCCUUGGCAUCUUUUGGCGGCCUGCUUGGUCUUAUACUUGGCUUCAGCAUUGUCACGGCCUUUGAAUUUGUGUACUUUCUCACUUUUCGACCGGUGUUCAACUAUAUCAAUAGAGAACGAGAUUAAAUCUAGCGAAAACUACUGUAAAAUAAUUUUGAUAGCACUUUCCUCAACUAAAUUAUUUAGCUCACAAGAAAUAUCCGCUUAAUUUAUUAGAGCUAGAUCUUAGGGGAGCCUUGAUUUGUUCUAAAGACGGAAUCCUUUAUUUUGUCAAAGUAACCCAACCUCUUGACCUAUUCUACCCUGGCGAUCAGGGAGUCCAAGAGAUCCUCGCUGACGGGCAAGAUCUCUUAAGGGGGCAUAGAUGAGGGCCAUGCGUACAUCCUGAAUCCCAUAGACCCAAUCAAUGCUGGCACUUGUGGUAGGGUAGAUAGCUUUAAAAAUGUUACCACCAACAUAUUUUGUUUUAUGGCACUGACUAAUUGCGGCAAUAGAUGCAUUAAACACUUGUUGAUUGCUGUUAGGACCAUAGGACAUUUUUAAG